AGAUUUCUUGGCAGUGUUGGCAAUGCAUUAUGUAUGAGCACUAUGAAAACAUUACCGCUAGCAAUUAUUUUUUACAUCAUUUGCGUAGCUCCAUCUACUACUAAUGAGUACGGUGGUGCUUUUAUAUCGCUGGACAAUUCUCAGAAAAAUUACGUUGGUAGGAUUGGAAGUGGAACGCUUAUGAAAAAACAUGACUGGGAAAAAUAUCUUUGUAGCAGUACUUUUUCUUGCCUAAAAACUUGCUUAGAAAAUCACAGUACAAGUAAGACUGCUGCUUUUUCUAAGAAUAGCUGUUUUUGUACAGAGAUAAGUCAUGAAAAUCUGAAUCUGACUGAUGGCUUCAGCCACAAUAUCUCUGAACUUUCGAUCUACAAGUUGACAAAUUUCACUGUAAAAUUCGAAUUCAAUAACUUUGUCGAAUUGGGUAGCAAAUUCAGAGCAAACAGAACAAUAGUAUUGAUGUAUGAAGACAGAGUUGUGAUUGAUAGUAACACCGAUAAUGACUGGAAAAAUAAAUUGAAAAACGUUCACGGCAAAUGCGAACUUGACAUAAGGAAGGGAAAUGAGAUUUACAAAACGUCUUGUAUAAGUGAUAUUGAGCUUACGGAACGAGGAGAUUAUAAAAUUUCUCUCGGGGAAGAUGUUAAAAAAUUGGAAAAAUUUACUGUGUUGGAGAAAAUUAGCAUGACUAAAAUUGAAACUGCUGGAAGUUAUCGUAAGUUGAAGGCAAAAUCCAUGAUCAAAGGUACGGUUUACUAUCUUUCUCUUCAUUUGGGCGAUAAAAGAGAAGAUGUACAUUUUUAUCGCGCGUACAGUGAACUUAUAUACGACGUUUGUCGUAUUGACUGGAAUGUAUCACUUUUAAACCUUCACGAAAAGUAUCAUGGCAAACAAAAUCUUACGAUUCUUGCUCGAAAUCCACUUGGUGAGGCUAAGACAACAACCGAAUUGAACUUUGAUUGCAGAGUGAACGAUUUAAAAAUUUCGCAUAAUGUAACAAACUUUACCGAAGGCGAAAUUAACACAAAACUGACAGCUUAUCACAAUGGACCUUGUAACAAUGUUUCCUUCAAGUUGGAUCAGACAAAUUGCGAUUAUUUCAAUAUAAAGUGGCAGAGAAAAAAAAAAGGAAUUUGGAUUUUAAAAACAGCUCUAAAAAGUACCUCCAGUGAGAUCAAUGAAUGUCGCGUGAGUUUAACCGUUUUGAACAGAACGAUUUAUAGACGUCUGUUUUCCAAAGUAAAAGAACUUUCUCGAAUUAACUCUCCAUGUUGCUAUCGUGUGAACGAAGAAGCUGAGUUUAGGUUAGAAGAACUCCUAUCAAGCACAAAAAAAGAAUACAUCUGGAAAGUUGAUGGAGUUCACAUGAAAACCGCAAACAAAACAUUUCAUCAUAUUUUCAAGAAACCGGGAAGUUACGUGGUCAGCGUGUGGAACAAUCAAACUUCUUGGUCACAUAAAAAGAAGGUUUCCAUUCAGGCAAAUUUAACAAAGUUGGAAAUAAACAAAACACUUCACCAUGAAUCCCACGACCUUGGUCAAUCUUUGUCAUUCCAAGUGAUUGUAAAUAGUAAGGAAGGAGUGAGGUAUCUUUGGGAUUUUGGUGAUGGUGCCUCUGAGAGUACGUCUAAAGAUAUCUUGACUCAUCGAUACCACAAGUCAGGGAAAUACACGAUGACAGUAGUGGCAAGUAAUUACUAUAGCAACAUAAAGAAUAUUACAAAUGUGAACAUUAAUCUUGAGCUUUGUGACGAAGGAACAAUUAGCACUUCAUUCAAAGAUGGACUUGAGGUUAUUCAAUAUCGCAACCGCCCAAUAUUCUUAGAAGUAUCAACGUUAAAUUUGAUUUGUUCAGACGCUGUUUCCAUUGUUUUUUUUUGGAAGACUGCAAAUUUCACCGAUGAAUGGAAAGAUUGGUUGUUUUGGGAAGAAACGUUCAAUUUCAAUGGAAAGAAAUGGGAUUGUGGAACAACAGGCAAUGAAUGCGUUAACAGCAUUUACAUUCCAGAAAAUGUUCUAGCUCGUGGGAAGUAUCGUUUCAGUGUCGAGAUUAAUGUAAAUGGUGUGAAUCUAUCGAACGUCAAAAAUUUUUCGACGACCAUUGUUAUCGAGGAAACUCCUCUUAGAGCUAUAAUUCGCGGUGGCGCCUACAGAUAUGUAACUGGAAAGUCCAAUGUUCUGUUUGAUGCAACUCCAUCAUAUGACCCAGAAAAUACGAACGCAACACUUCGGUUUGAAUGGUUUAUCAAUGAAGGCAAGGACGUCGUAUCAAAUGCAUCUAUGUUCUAUCUCAUGCAACAUUCUCUUCGUUAUGUUACCGUUAAAGUUUCAGUAGGAAAUCGAAGUAGAACGACAAGUCAGCAUGUUGAAAUUGUCAACGAAGCAGAUUGUGCUCAAUCUGACAUAAUUUUGGAUUUCCUAUCCCGCGACAUGGGUAAUACUAGUCACGUGAAUCCAAGCAGACCUCUUAGAGUUAUUGAAAGCUUUCUUGAUGAAAAUACUCAAGAAAAUUGUUCUACUUGGUGGAAGUUCUUCGCAUUCCGCACGUCAUAUGGAAACACGAAACUGAGGCAGUUGGAUUGCACCCAAGUUAAUUUGACAAAUGAAAACAUAAAGAAACGCAGGUGGAGAUUCGAUUACAAUUUAGUGGAGUGUUCAAAAGCGUCAAAAAAACCUCGAGAAUAUAAAGAGCAGUCAAAAUGUUCAGUGCCUAGUUGCAAGGAGUCGCCUAAGUCAUUAAAGACAGUUCAAAUUAUGCUGGAUGACUUUGACUACCACAAUCAUUCCUCAUCGUUACUGCUUAUCAAAAAGAACACGUUGCCUCAAAGACAACAAUUUUCAUUAAAUCGCACUUCUGAAGAAACAACGAUGGCUGGAAGAUCUUUUUAUGUUGAAGAUAUACCCUACAAUUAUUCUUGUGAAGUCAGACCUUCCACGGAGAACGGAGAAUGUGAAAUAUUUUGUGACAUUGACAAGAAUGCAAAUUUGAUAUACAACAUUUUACUCAAGCGGUCAAACGGCUAUAAAUCAAGAUUCUUUCUUCAAAGAAUGGUCCCUCGUUUUAAAGUUCAAUUGCCUUUUAAUGGGGAAGAUGAUUUGUUUUUAUAUUUGUCAAUCGAAGACAAGAUUGGGACAGUGAGAGAAUAUUGUGGCAUAAAUGUGACGAACUUCUUGGUGAACGCGUCAACUGUGGAUUAUCUGUACAACCGCACAUUGGCCAUCAAUAUGUCCUAUCCUCGUCAUCCUUUUGCAUAUCAUAGUCAAAUUUUAUAUGAUAUAUCGUUAAUUGCUGAUGCUUUAGUCAGCGCACCAACGUAUAGAGUAGAUUUUGAUAUCCAUCGUCAAAUAAAAACAAUUCUCUUAGAUCUUCUUGGAAGAGUUACAAUAUCUAAUACGUACAUUGCCAUGCAACACGCGAAAACAUUAGAAAUGUGUACAGGAAUUCUGGGAGAGGUUGACAGCAGUAAGACGAUUGAAUAUCUUGACAAAAAUACAAAAAGUCUACGUAAUGAUGAAAGUAAAAGAGCUGAGGAGAUUGACGAACAGUUUUCUGAAGACAUUGAAGAGGUGGCAAACAAAACGAUAUCAUCUGUUAAAAAUCAUACAAGCAAAUAUAAAGUUAUUAAUUCACUUCAUCGUCUAUAUGAGGCUAUUUUGUGGAGAAAGAUAGUUCAUUUUCCUCCGAAGUUCGAACAAAGACCAUAUAAGAAGUUUUUCAGUGCUUGUUUACUCAAGUAUUCGCCCUAUCGAAAUGAAAGUGUCCAAUUUCCUUGUGGAAAUGAAAGUAUAUUUAUCGCAACGAAAGGGAUAGUUGCCAAGAAAGAUUAUGAAUGCCAUUUAUUUGGUUGUGGGUUGCAGUUUGUGAAGUUUGACUUUGAUCCUUUCCACAAUGGCGAAACAUAUCAAGCAGUAUCGUCACUCAUAAAACUAAAAAAGCAAUGCUGCAGAAAUAUACCCUAUUGUGGGGAGAAAAUUACUAAACUAGGAAUGCAGCUAAAACCAAAUAUGAAAAUUUUUACAAAUAAUUUGUCAUGGUCAUCGUACGUUCUUCGUUUUGAUGAGAUGCAUUUGUUUAUGGCAUAUGUUGACGCUGGCCUUUAUGUUCAAGUUUUACCUUUUGAAUUUUGGCCAAGCAACCUGAAGUUGCAACUGGAAGUCCGAUGCAAUAAUGAAACAUUAGUACAACGAACACGCAUGGAACCUCUCGAACAGUUGUUUUCUUCUGUCAACUUCACUACAUAUUGCAAGAAAUUAAAGUUUUUUGUCAGUAUACAUUGGAAUCACAAGCCAACAAGAUGCGAGAAAAUGGAAUCUAACAUGAAGUACAAGAUUCGUAUCUCAUCGUUUCGUUGUCUUGCAAAGAGUGGAGACAGUAAGAUUUGGCAAGACGUUUCCGUAAAUUGUACUUUACUGAAUUUUUCGUUUUAUUUCAGUUUCCCUUACAUCCGUGGCUCGGAGCACAGCUACAUUAUUACCUCAGAAUUUGCCACAAAAACGUUGAAAGAAAACAUUACCAAAAGCAAAAGGGAAAAGAAUAACGUCGUGUACAUCAUCCUGUUGAGUUUUGUCGUCGUUUAUUUUGCUGCGAUUGUCGUUCUUCUGAUAAAAGAAAGAAAGCAAAUUAAAGAUAGUUCUCCCAUUCUUCUGGAACUUUGUGAUCCAUCACAUACUCACAAGUAUGAAAUAACAGUUUAUACAGGUCACUGUUUUGGAGCUGGAACAACUGCUAAGGUUGCCCUUGUAUUGCACGGAAGAAAUAAUUCAUCUUAUCCAGUUGAGUUAUAUCUCAAAAAUCGGGAUAUUUUUCGACGAAAUUCAAAAGAUGUGUUUAUUGUCAGCGUGAGAGAGAAUUUGGGAACGUUAGAUUAUAUUCACGUGUGGCAUGAUAAUAGUGGUAGCUCUCCAUCUUGGUUCGUCAAUACGCUCGCCAUUAAAGACUUAAAAACAAAGGAAACUUGGAUGUUUGAUUGUUCCCGAUGGUUAGCUGUGGAUAAAGGUGAUGGAGUGAUUGACUGCAGAGUAAAACCAUGCGAUUCAAACAUAGACGUGGAAUUAAAGGGAUUCAAACUAACUUUUGAGGCAAACUUAAUGGAUUUUCACCUUUGGCUGUCUCUGUUUACAAUGCCAUUAUAUAGUUUGUUUACGAGCGCUGAGCGUCUAACCUGUUGCAUAACAUCGAUUUGCUGUUUUCUUUAUUUCAAUGCAUAUCUCUACGAAAAGUAUUUUAUGACGAGGACUUGUUUUUCAAUGUUUGAAAGUGCUAUAGUACAGCAGCUUAAAAUUGGUUCCUUUGGAAGUCUUGCAUCAUUUCCAAUUUCUGCUUUUUUUGCCAUUAUAUUCCGACACACGAAAUCAUUUCUUCAAAUGCAGGUUUCUAGAAAGUCUAAAUAUACGUCAAGUUGUUUGGAUGCAUCACAGCGAUCGUCUGUAACAAGUUCCACUGCUAGCACAACAUCAUACACAACAGAUGAAACAUGUGCAAAAAAAGAAAAGAAAAUUCAUCCAAGUACAAGUUUGCCAUGCAGCCUGUCUUGUUCUCGUUUGCCGCUGUGUUUUGACGUGUUUUCUUGGGUUGGCUGUUUACUAAUAAUGAGUAUAUUUGCAUUGCACACAAUCAAGAUUGUCACAAGAUUCGACGAAAUUUUGCUUGGAAGCUACUUUUAUUCCUUGUUUUGGUCAUUUUGUUUCUCAAUUUUUAUAUCUCAACCAUGUCAGGCGUUUGUCGUUACUGUCAUUCAAAUGAUACACAAGCAUUUACCUUCAAUGAUUUACUCAUAUUAUGAAUUGGAAGAUGAUGUCUUUCUUGAUGAUUCAUCGUUUCCUUCAUUUACCGAAAGGAAUGUUGCGGAUCCAAUAUAUCGUAAGUUGCUUUGUCUCAAGUACCUCCAACCUCUUUCUGACAAAGUUGUAAAGAAAGAGCGAGCGAGAAAGUUUAGAGAAAAAACGACGGAAAGUUUUUUGAGAGAUACUGUUCUGUAUUUUAUUGUGGCGCUUUUUUUGAUCGUUGUCAAUCCAUUUUGGAAUCAACAAAAUUUGCUCAUACGUGAUCAUGGAUUAAAAACAUUUUUCAGCAGCGAAACAAAAGUGUCUUCAUUACCACAUUGGUGGUCAAACACUCCACAGAACUUUCUGAAGACUCUAACAUUUGACGAAGAAACUCUCAUUAUACGAGCAUUUUCAUCAAAUUCUUAUAUUGUUGUUGGAAAACCUCUUUUGAGUUUUAAAUUUUGGACGUGCUUGAGUGAAUUACCUCAAAAAAUUCGUGCUAAUCCAGAAAAACGAUCUACAAUGUCUUGCUCAGAAAGAGAGGAAAACAUUGCUGUUGAACGCUCCCAGAAAAAUAGUUGGUUUCGUUUGAAUUCCUUGUUUGUAAGCAGUUAUUCAAAUUCCUGUAAGAGUGAAUGCCCAAAGGAUAUGUCGUUGCAGUUCGUUGUGUUUUCAAGAUCAUCUCAUUUAUUCAGCUUAGUGAAGUUGUCAAGUCGUUCACCUGUCAGUAUCACAACGAUUAAUUUUCAAACACACAUAACAAAAUAUUACUGUUGGCGGACACUGGUCCAGCUUUUGUUUACCUUAGCUCCACUUUUGCUGUUCAUUCAUUCCUUGUACUAUAAAACUAUGAACGUAAAUAAAAGAAAAGAUGUCGUAUAUCAUCUCGAGUCGCUGAUAAUGAUUGCAUUGCCUUGCUGUGUCAUUUUGAUGUGGAUCUGGAUAAAUCAUCAAUAUGAUUUGUGGAGUAUCCUUGUGAGAUAUCAAUAUGAAGCUGACGUGAAGGACAAUAUAAAAAUCAUUCACAAAUAUCAGGAAAUUUUCAAGUUUUCACUUGGUUUCAUGUUGUUCUUCGUGGUAUUGAAACUAUCUCACGUCAUUGCUAUAAAUACCUAUUGUCAACGUUAUGUUCAAACAGUUCAAUACUUAACGUCAGCAUUACAGUUUCCUAUGUUUGGCAUCUUUGUGGUUUUAAUCGGAUUUGCACACGUGGCUGUGUUUUAUGCCUUUUUUGAUUUAAAGAAUUUCACUUCAUUAGCGAAUGCGUUAUUAAUGCUAGCUGCAACAUUUCGAUCUGCUGGUUCAAACAAUUUAAUACAGAAUAAUUUUUCCUCUGAUGAAAUUUAUUUUGUUCUCUACGUUAUUGCAUUUUGCUUUGUUAUGUUAACAAUCAAUAGUCUGAUAAAGGCAAUUUUUUGUCAAUUUCACGUGAAAAGUAUAACAUGUCGCCCUCCUGUAUUUAAGAAAAUGCCUAUCAAGCAGUAUCUACGGAAGAAAAUUGAAAUGUUUUUUUCUCUUUUUUCUCGUGAAAAAAACGGAGAAGAGGAGAUUGCUUCAAAACGUGUUCCUAUGAGUUACAUAUUUAAAGAACUGGAUGAGCAACUAAGUGAACUUGACUUUCGAUUGGCGCAGAUUAUGAAUGAAGCAAGCCUUCCGCCCAAGAUUGUUGAAGAUGAAGAUGUUAGCUCUUAUGACAGUUUCUGCGGGAGUGAACAUUUUCAGCAAAAUCAAUUGAGUGCUCCAAGUGAUGAUGAUCAGAAACAAACGAAAGAGAAAGGAGACUUUGAGCAUUCAUCAGAGAGUUUGUGCGAAGUGGAUGAUAAUCUUUAUUCGAUAGCUUCACUUUGUGAUUCAAAGAUUACAAUUUCUGAAAUAGAAUCACCUAAUUUAUCAAGUAGACGCCUUCCAUUUACUCUGUUCUUACACGAGUUUCCUAAGCCAAUCAAUGAAACGGUGACCUCUAUUAAUAAACCUCGCGUGUUACUGAAUGCAUGGGCUGAAGAAGAAAGUCUAACUACAGUGUGUUCUGUUGAAGAGGAGAAAAGAUCUUUCACGGAAGAAAGGGAUUCACUUGCGGAAAGUGACACAGACUGCGUCUUUGCUGAAGUUGAUGAAGAUUUUGACAGAAAUUUGGUCCUUAGACGACCUGAGGCUUGUUUAAACGUUAUAAAUUUGGAAGAUUAUUCCGUAGAAGACGAGGAAAGCUGUUUUUAAAACUGGUGAGAGCGAUGUAUUCUUCAAGGGCAUUUCGACGUUUCAACAUCUUUUUUUAAAAAUGUUUUAGUUAAUAAGAUUAGAUCAUCUA